ACUUCAUAUACUGGUUAUCCAUGGUAUAGAAGACAGGAUUAAACUGAGAGGACUUUCCCCUGACUCUGAAUACAUGUAGGAGAUAAUGAUAUGGAAGACCAUCACUUUGUUCUUGGGGGCCGCCAAAAUGAGGUCGUUUGUCCCUCUGUUCCUGGUGGGCAUCCUGUUCCCUGCCAUCCCGGCCAAGCAAUUUACAAAAUGUGAGCUGUCCCAGCUGCUGAAAGACAUAGAUGGUUAUGGAGGCAUCGCUUUGCCUGAAUUCAUCUGUACCAUGUUUCACACCAGUGGUUAUGACACACAAGCCAUAGUUGAAAGCAAUGGAAGCACAGAAUAUGGACUCUUCCAGAUCAGUAAUAAGCUUUGGUGCAAGAGCAGCCAGGUCCCUCAGUCAAGGAAUAUCUGCGACAUCUCCUGUGACAAGUUCCUGGACGAUGACAUUACUGAUGACAUAAUGUGUGCCAAGAAGAUCCUGGAUAUUAAAGGAAUUGACUACUGGUUGGCCCAUAAAGCCCUCUGCACUGAGAAGCUGGAACAGUGGCUUUGUGAGAAGUUGUGAGCAUCUGCUGUCCUUGGCAUCCCUGCCCACUCCACAUUCCUGGAAUGCCUCUUUCCUAAUGCCACCUCAGUUUGCUUCUUUCUGUUCCCCCAAAGCUUAUCUGUCUCUGAGCCUUGGGCGCUGUAGUGACAUCACUGAACUCUUGAGGACUGUUUUCCGGAAAUGCCUGAGUGGUGCACUGAGCUCUAGACCCUUGCUCAGUGCCCCCGAUGGCACUUUCACUACAGCACAGAUUUCACUUCUGUCUUGAAUAAAGAUCCCAAUUUGAAGUCA